CAAGGAAAAGGUGCCGCGUUCCCUUAUGUUCCAGGCCAGAACUCAUUCAGAAAUUUGAAUUUGACAUCGAAGCCAACAUUCUUUGGGUGUGAUGCAAAGAAUUUAUCCUCGUUGACUUCGGAUAUCUACAAUGUGCCUUUGGUGAUUUACGUUGCAAAUCGUCCUUACACAUAUUGGUCAAACACAUCAACAUUCAGAUUAGACUACUCGGCGGAAGAGCGUAACAAUAUGAUAUCUAAUGGGUUUGCGGUAACAACUAGGUUAAAUGGAACUUUGGAUGAGGAGUGGGACGCCUGUGUUGGAUGUGCCAUAAUUAGGAGAGAGCAAGAGAGGUUAGGACUCGAACAAAGCGAGCAAUGCAAACAAUGUUUUAGCCAAUACUGUUGGGAUGGAACUAUAUACGAAGGUGAGUCUAUUGGCGAUAAUUUUGAUGACAAUGGAUUAACUGAAGGAGCCGAGUUUUACAACUCAAAUAAUACUCCUGGUUUUGAUGAUACAGGUGCCAACCUCAAGAGANGAGAGACGAACUUUCUGAUGGUAAUCAGAAGCCAAAUUAGGAUUCAGUAG